UGCAGAAAUGGGCGUGGUUUAAUCUAAACUGGGUUGGAGAAGAACCGACAGACUCGUCCCGUUAUUCGAGAGUCAGCCUUAAAGUCAGGGCUGACGAGCAGCAGAGAUACAGGCUCCAUAUCUGUGUUCAACAAGACAAACAAACGAGAUUAAAACAAAGUCAGUAUUUAAACCCGGUCUAUGUGUUAGCACAGCUUAGCUUAGCCGGCCUACAGAAGCUAAUAAGCCUAAAUGCUAGUUAGUUAGCAUCACCUAGCUUCACCUCCUUCUCCACGACGCAGAAACAAUGGCUUUAAAACGGAUCACAAAGGAGCUAACCGAUCUGUCCAGAGACCCUCCGGCUCAGUGCUCUGCAGGACCCGUCGGUGAAGACAUGUUUCAUUGGCAAGCUACAAUUAUGGGGCCUCCCGACAGUCCCUAUCAGGGCGGAGUAUUUUUCCUGACCAUUCAUUUCCCCACAGAUUAUCCCUUCAAACCCCCCAAGGUCGCCUUCACAACAAGAAUUUAUCACCCAAAUAUUAACAGUAACGGCAGCAUCUGCCUGGAUAUAUUGAGAUCACAGUGGUCUCCUGCAUUAACUAUCUCUAAAGUCCUUUUGUCCAUUUGUUCUCUGUUAUGUGACCCGAACCCUGACGACCCGCUAGUGCCAGAGAUCGCCCGCAUCUACAAAACAGACCCUGUAAAGUAUAACAGACUAGCCAGGGAGUGGACAGACAAGUAUGCCAUGCUGUGAGGGUACAACAAGACGGCUCAGGACUGGACUCAGAAAUACGCCAUGUGACCUUCUUCUUCUCCUUCCUCUUCUCUCCCCCCCUGCUCCUCCUCCUCCCCUUCCUCUUCCUCUCACUGCUGGAAUACACUUUUUGGGUUUUCUCAUGUGGCCACGCCCCCUCCCUCUCAUCAGCCAAUAACAGCAAUUUGUUCAUUAUCUCUUUUCUUUUUUUAACCUAAAAUUGCUUUUAAAACUCUUGAUUUUAUUCAAUUUUUUUCGUCUGCUUUUCAAAAUAAAGUAAAAUAAAUGAAGCAGGCGACGGGCUGAGUACUGUGAGCUGUGACUGUGCCAACUGCAAGAAUCAAAACACACCGAGCAGAGCGGACCUGGAGAGAGAAAAGGAUCAUUUAAUGCAUGUCAGUGAUUGGUUCAUGUGCUGCUGAGAUAAAAAAAUAAAGAACAGCUUUUUUUUUUUUUUCUUUUUUCUGUUUUUGUCGUUAUUUUUAGACGAGAGAGUCGUAAGUUCAUCCGACACUGUUCUCCUCUUUUUGCACUGAAGAUGAAACUCAAAGCUCUCAACAGCUGACGGAUCAACUCAUAGCUCUGUCACGGGGUCUUUCUCAAUAAAGUUGAACAAAUUGCAGACUU